UGCAUGAACUUGGCUGCCGACGAAACGUCUGGAGGCAACUAUUCACAGCUGGUCACGGAGUUCGAUCAGAUGGCAGCGAAAGGAAUCAACCAUCUCCGAAUCAUCGCCGGUUCUGAGGGUGCACCAACACCUCAGCCCUUCAGGAUGAACCCGCCUCUGAUGAAUGCUCCGGGACAGUAUAACGACGACAUCUUCAAGGGCCUAGAUAUCUGUCUUGCAGAGAUGUCGAAGCGUGGAAUGCGCGCAACGAUGACUUUGAGCAACGAGUGGCAAUGGAGCGGUGGCUACAUCGGAAAGCCAGUCUUCCUUGAGGAGCUCGGUAUCGCCCGCAACAAUUGGAAAAAUAAGAACAAGGAAUACCCUACCACAGCAAUGCAUCGAUUACUCACAAGGAUGUGUACUUCCAGACCAUCAUUGGUACAGUCAUGGACGAGUUCCGCAAUGGUGGUGCGUAUGUUGGUACUUCGCCAUGGGCAUAUGGAGGCAUCUACGCCCCGAGACGCAGCACGUCAAUGA